AUGAAGGAGCAAACAAGUGACAUGACACCGCAAAACUUCCGUCGAAAAUUAGUCCAUAAUCUAAAAUCAAAAGGGAUUUUCGAAGAACUAAAGGCUAACCUCAGACAGAAACUUAUUGAUGAAAUGCAUUUUAAAUCUUCGGAACAUCAUCAUAGCGCAUUUUUAGAUUUGCCUUUGCUUUACCAAAAGAUUGCAUGCAGUUUAUGUCUUGAAUACCUUCGUAAACAAGGGUACUGGUACACAUUGAGUGUUCUUGUACCCGAAGCUGGACUACAAAAUUCUGGCGGUUUUUCGCGAGAUGAAUUAAUUAGUGUCAUGCGAAUCAGUGAAUUUUGUAAGAAUAAUCAAGCAAAGUUUUCAUGUUUGUCAAAUCCAACUGCAAGUCUUUUGUAUAAUAUUGUUUCGUAUAUUACUUUAAUUGGCUCUGCCAAUAUGGAAGACAAAUGUAUUCAAGUAGGGCCGGAUUGUGACUCAUUCCUUUACGAAAUUCAGCUGGAAAAAAUCGAUGCCAAAUACGAUAGUCAGCAAAAAUUUGAUGCUGAACAAAUAAGAAGGAAUUUUGAAGGAAAGGUUUUGCAUUUACGUGGCGAAGUCGAAGAAGGGAUUUACAAUGAUUAUCACCAAAAAUUGGAGGAGGUCUAUGCCAUCCAAAAGGCUGCUCUUGACGAACGUGAAAAACAUUUGAACGUAAUAAUGACGAAAUCGAGGGAAGCCAAUGAACGUACCAACCUCUUCCAGCGACAGAUACUAGCGGCGGAAACUGAAGCGUGCCGAAUUCAGAUGCAAAAGGCCCGUCAGGUGGAGGCUGAUUUAGAAAGACAAAGGAAGGAGCUACAAGACAAUUUUUGCAAACGUCGGGCUCAACUGCAAAUCGAAGAAGAGGAGCUACUAGCCAGAAAGCAGGCUUUUAACGACAUCGUAAAGCAAGAAGUUGAAAGACUUCGUAAAUCGGAUGAAGUUGAGCUACUCAACAAAAGAAGGGAGUUGGAGAUAACUGAGACUUGUCUAGCAAUUGAAAAAAAUGCAUUGGAAGCUCGGAGAAACCAUGUGCUAGCGCUUCAGGAGGAAGUAUCCCAAAAGUCAGCCCUCUUUUCACAAAUGGAAAUAACUGAUUACGAAACUCUCAAAAUGAAACUCAGUGCUUCGACAAAUGAAAUAAGUACCCUGAAGGAACGUCUCGGACAGGCUUUUGAGGAAAUUGAUGGGUUAAGACAAGGUGCGGUAAUUGCGUCCUCUGAGAGGAAUCUUCUCCUGGCUGCGCACCGGGAGAACGAAUCCCUACGGGCAGCCCUCGAGCAGGAACGCACAAAUAACAAUAAAGAAAGAAUCGGGCUCAAUGUCAAGAUAGAGGAACUGAGGGCGGAGAAGAAUCGCCUGGAGGAGCGUGUUUGCCUACGGCAGAGUGAGGUGAGUAGACUACGUGGACUACUGGCCGAUCAACGGCGUUCCUGUCCUCCGGACUCGCGCGUCUUCGCCGCCACUGCGACAGCGGUACCGGCUGUGCUUCGAGGCGUUAAAGGCGAUUUCUACGAUGAGUCCCAGGCUCCUGCAGUUUCCACCAAGACUGUGAUUACUGGAUCAUCUUCGGCCACUGUCGAGACGGCACGAGAGAGGCUGAAAGCACUGGAACAGGAGUCUGUCAAACUAGAAGAAGCGCUGGGCCAAUGGAAGGAGGAAAUUUGCACUGUCCCGCCAAUACUAAAGGGGUUCGAGGAGGCAAUUACAAAACGCGUCCAGCAGAAUGGCUCCACGUUACUCAGAAGUGGUUUUUCAACGGCAUAUUUAAACAGCUUUAGAACUGCUAGCAGUAUACCCACUCUUGGUCAAUUUCCUCCUAGCUGGCCAAUGCCUUUUAUGAGGUCCAUGGCUAGUGCUAUCGAGGCUGCACGUGAUGGAACUUGUGGAGAAACGUCUGAGUUGGCUGUAUCAACACCUGCACAACAAGCGCAAACAAUGGAGACGAACAACACAAAGAAGCCUUCACAAGAAAGUACAACCCCUCGUGUCGCUACUACCGUAGUUACUACCCCAUCAGCAGACAUUGCAAUGAGCCAUCGAAAAGCUUCCUCAUUCAUAAUAUCGAUGCGAAGCAUACCCACAACAUUCGAUGAAACCAAUACGAUAGUAUCUGUGGUUCCUGAGAAAGAACCUCUGGCAAAUCAUAGCGAUGGCAUUCCACUAAAGGUAACGUCACAAAGUACCACUCCGAGUAGCGUAACGGCGACCGUGGACCCCGUCGAUCAGGAAAUUAAGGAAGGUCCACAGUGUGAAGCGGUUCCUUUGACAGGCUCAAGUAGACAGACUCCAUGCCGAUCGACAGACCAAACACAUAAUACCGACAUUUUAGAUGAUGAUUGUGAGGAUGUUUCUAGCACCAAGCAAGUCGGCACUGAUGGAAUUGGUAAUGAGGCUGAGAGGCAUUUGGCUGAUAUGUCUUCUCGUGGAAGUCAGGAGGAAGAAGAGGAAGGGGACAAGCGUUUGGGUUCAUCCUCCAGUACUGCGAUUGAUCCAAUGAGCUUGAAAUAUGUGAAAGUACUCCAAGAGCAGCGCUUAGUGCAGGAGCCAGAGGUGGAGCCAGUUCGUCCGAUUGUGGCGGAAAACCAGGGCCCGGGAGCGACCAAAAUGAGUGUCUCAUUCGGUGGUUUUCUCGCAGCUCAGCAGUUUGAUUCCGACUUAAGUAGCACUGAACGAAAAAGUGUUGACAUAUCCGUAGGAGAGCCCAUCAAUGUAAAAAGGAAUAUGGCAACUCAGAUAACUUCUGGUAGUGAAUUUGAAGGCAUGAAUACUAAUCUCUCGCUUAAGAUAUCUAACAGUAGUCUCAACAAAAUAGGCGAUUAUCCUCCUUUAAGGGCCGUCAGUAAUGCGAAUUUUGGAAGGAUAUCUGAAACUGAUGAUAUUUUUCGAGUUUCGGCCGAUGGACAAACACGAUUUUUAAAUGACUCUGGCCGCGACUCAUCACAAAUGAUACACGAUGUUGGUCCAAGCACAAAGACCCUACCGAUUCCUUCGGAAUCAUUUGAGCAAAUUCGAACGGAACAUAAAAUGCUUGGGCGUUUAUUUUGUGAUUCUGCCUUUCCGGCGGAUGAAACCAGUUUAUAUUACAGCCGUCGUCCUCCCUGUAGUAUUGUGUGGAUGCGUCCACCUGAAAUUGUUGCCGCGAUGUGUAGAACAGACGUACUUGGAAUAGCACCGCGAAAAAUACACUUUCCAGAGUUUAUUGCUGGUGGAAGCAUUAGACUUGGGGAUCUUCGACAAGGCGAAUUAGGUAAGGAAUCUUCUAUUAUGCCCUCAAGGCUCUGGAGUCUUCUUGUUGCAUUCCUUAAUCCCACAUAUCGUGCGGGAGCAACAUUUACAGUGUUGAGGAAGCUCGUUCUACAAAUCAUAAAGAGGGCAGUACAUUGUCUUACAGGGCAAGGGUCAAUGAAUUAUUUAGCGAGUAGAUCAGCCAAAUGCGUGUAUGCGCUUCAUACACCCUGCAACUGCGUGGGCAUGCGUGAUGAUUAUGCGAGAGGGCAUUUGGUUUCUGAUUUUCGGGGACCUCGUAUCAAGUUGGAUGGGAUCAGUAAACAACUGCAGUCUUACACCACUGUCUAUAAUUUGAGCGUGGAGAAUCAGAUAAGGAACGUCGGUGAUCAUAGCACCGCAUUUCUUACUGUUUCAUUGCGCGCAGGAGAUUGUUGGGUGGUUGCGGCCUUGGCCUCUAUGGUGACGCAGCCGCGGCUGACAAUGCGGUCGAUCCCACAGGGCCAAUCCUUUCGUGCCGAGUGGUACGCAGGGUGCUUCUGCUUUCGUUUCUGGCAGUUCGGCGCCUGGGAGGAGGUCAUCAUCGACGACCGCCUGCCCGUGCGACCUGGCGGCCGACCCCUCUUCAUCCACUCCAGCCGACAUACGGAGUUCUGGCCUGCACUCCUGGAGAAGGCCUAUGCCAAACUAAGUGGGUCCUAUGAGGCUCUCAACGUCGGUCUGAUAGGUGACGCGAUGGACGACAUAAUUGGUGGCCUGACGGAGUCCUACUGUCUUGCCCCCGGAGAGGACCAAGGCAUGCGACCUCCGCCUGACCUCGACGAUAUCCUCAUCAAGGCCUUCGACAGACGCAGUCUCAUAACCGCCCGCAUCAAGGCAAGUGCUUCUUCAUCCCUUAGCGGCAUUUCCCCAUCAAGCAGGCUGUUUGCACUAACUGCGCUGCACAGACGCGUUUGCUGGUACAUAGUUUUCACCCAGCGUCUUCAAACGCGAAUCCACUGUAUUUGCCAGGCUUGGGGAAAGUACGCCAGCGGGAGCUACCUUCUCAGUGGUCAGAUGGAGCAGGGCAGUUCGACUGGAGCAUUCUCAUUGGCUCACUUCAGCCUACAACCGACGAAGGGCAGUCCGUGCAGCGGGUUCGUGCUGCCUCAGGGUUUCGUGCCGGGCCAGGCGUUUGGCCUGACGGACUGUCGGAAGUUGCGCCUUACCGACGUGUCGGGCUCACGACUGGUACGGCUGGUGCGGCUGCGCAAUCUCUGGCCCUCGGCGCGCGUCGGCUGGGUGGGCGCCUGGUCCGAGGGCUCCUCUGAGUGGCUUUCCCUUCCUCCCGAGGACCGCAUCAAAGUUGGGCUGGUGAAGGGCGAAGGUGAAUUCUGGAUGUCAAUGGAAGAUUUUUUGGCCAAUUUUGACUACCUGGACAUCUGCCAUGUGCUGGAGCCUCCGAGCGGUGAUGCGGGUGGCGGCAGGUUGUUCUGUGGAACCGUGGCUACCACCGGCAACCACCAGGCGCCGGUGGGGCCUGCGAUGGAGACGUGGACUACACCGCGCUUCUUCGGCCGAUGGGUGCGUGGUGUAACAGCGGGUGGACGACCGUUUGUGCGUGCCAGCCAUUGGGCUAACCCCCAAUUUGUGGUGAGCUUGCCUACGCCGGAUGUCGGGGACCCUGAAGGCCUUACCGCAAUCGUCGUCGCCCUCCUCCAAUCCGACGUUCGUCCCCUCCGACAUCGCGCACCGCGCCUCCUUUCCAUCGGCUUUGUCCUGUACAGGCUUCCUCCCGGAGCAUCCCCCCCAAUGACACGGCAUUUCUUUGAAACCACAAGUCACGUCGCGAGCGUGGACUAUUUCUAUGACUCCCGAGAGGUUGUCAAGCGAUUUCGACUAGUCCCCGGUGUGUAUCUCCUCGUGCCCUGCACGUAUGCCGCAGAUCAACCGGGAGAGUUCCUCCUCAGGGUUCUCUUUGAGCAGUCUGAUCGAACGCUUGAGCUAGCAUUGGGGCCGAUUGAUGCGGGAAGCAUUUCACCUCAGGCUCUGUCCGAUCCAGAUCCCCAAUUCGACACGAUUCUUCCCCGAAUUCGGCGACUCUUCUACGAGGCCAGUGGUGAUUCCAUGGCCGUGGAUGCCUUCCAGCUGGACUCGAUACUCAAUACUCUGCUCAAAGAAGACCAUCGUUUACCCUAUGCCAUGGUGUCGACUGAUGCAUGCCGUGCCCUCAUUGCGAUGCGCAACGACCGGUACACGGGACGGUUGGUGGAGUCGGAAUUUCAACCGACGUGGAGCCUCCUUCGCUGCUGGUCGCGCAUGUUCGCGGCCUUUGAUCCCCAGCGAACGGGCCACAUCACUUGCCUCGAUUUUCGGAUUCUCAUCGAACAAGUCGGUGAGUUUUGCCAGCGCUUCGUUCAACAAAGCACACGGUUCCAUCACAUUGAAGGUCUCUACCUUCCGCAUACAAUUCUGGCGCGUAUCGUACACCGCUUCGCUGAUGCUGAAUGGCGAAUCAGUUAUGGCACGUUCAUCCAGAUAAUGGCGCUCCUGACGAGGGCUAUAUUAUCUCGAAGCUUUAACGACCAUUUAAAAAUACUGAUGCAUUCCACCGACUGCCGAAUUUGCCAAAGCUCUAUUGCCCCCGACGCACACAGUCGCAUCUACGAGGGUGCCGACGUCUCCUCCCACCUUCGGUUUAUUAACCUUCCUUCAAACCUUUCAGAAAGAAUCCUAUCCAGACCCAUGUGUACCAAUGUCCUCGUUAGUUUACCAACACUCCAAAAAGUUGUAUCAGCGUAA